AGCGAGUUCCGCCGGACUCCGGCAUCUCUGUCCCCUCUGUGGGUGUCCCCGGGCAAAGCCUGUUCUCCGGGAGAUUGCCAUUUGACGGCCCCAUUGUAAUUGUCACUUUGGUUUCCAGGAGAAGCAGAGGAUCACAUGAUACAAACAGAGCGGCAAUGAGAAAGAAAAGAGAAGAGAGGGAGACACAAAAAGGGAAAGGAGAGAGCCGGAGAUCGAAACCAGUGCACUGAUCCGCUACCGCCCCCUGCUGGGCUAUAGAAUGAGCCUACGAGGGGUGUCAUUGCCAAGCACACCAAUUGUCACCUUGGGGAAUUUUAGUACCCCAAAAAGAAAAUGUUCGGUGGCUCCUCUGUGCCUCCCGGCUCUUUCCAACGGCCCAGUGUCACACUCAACGAGCAUGGGCGCCCCUCGACUGAAUCCCUUACACCCUCCUGGGGUGAGGAGGAGGACGGUCGGUCUGGAAACCAUAGCUGCGCAUCAUCACAACCAACAGAGGGCCCUCAACAUGCAACAGAAAGAGUACUAUAGAUAUCACCAGGGCUGGAGAAGACCAUUUUAUGGAACAGCUUCAGAAAAAGAGGAAUACAGGAAAGAAAUCAGGCAGCUGCUAAAGAUGCAAAUGAACGAGAAGUGGGACCUGCAGAGGGAGAGGAUGAGCAGUCAGAGCAAAGAGAUAGAAGCCCUGAUGGAGAACGACCGCACGGCCUUAACGCAGGACCUGGAGCAAGAACGCUCGCGGGCUUUAUUCUUGAGACGAUAUCGGGAUGAGAACAAGAAGUUAAUGGAGACGAGAUGGCAGGAGAGCCGUUUAACCCGGUCCUUGGAGACGCUGCGGGAGAGGGAACUUCUACAGUACAACCCGAUUAACUGGAGCGGAACAUUGAAAUGAGGCAGCUCGGAACCCACAAGCACUAGAGGUUCUAAGCAGGAGGUGGAUCACUUAACAUAGAGCUUCCAGUAACCCGUCCCGUACGAUUACGAUGGAACAUUUAGAUCGAGAGCAGCUGCUUCUUCCCAGACGAGCGUCUAGGGAUUCUUUUUUCAUUUCGAAACAUUCAUUCAUUUGUAAAGAGAAUUGCAAGAAAAUAUUCUUAUAGAUAAUAAUAAAAGUACAUGGUUUGCAAAGGUC